CAGAGUUGUUUAAAGUCACGUUGUUAUGUGAAGGAGCCUCAGUCACGAGGAUACAACCUCACAGUAAUUGUGUCCUGCUCAGCUUUACACCUCCGUUAAAGAGAGACUCCAUCUCAUCUAAGAACUCUGACUCGGUCAUUCAUCUGAGAACUACAAGCGGGACAAUACAGAGUGGUGUAGAUAGUGUUGACUCCACGUUGCCCAGGAGGUUGUCAUGGCCAUCACCCAGUGUACUAUGCUCUUCCUUUGUGUUUCAUUGGUAAUGCCGAAUACUUUACCGGACGAUCUUAAGGUCAUAAAUGACCUUGGCGUAGAGCACUUGACGGGCCUUUCCCACUUGUUUAACUACUUUAAGUUCAACAAAUGCCAUCCAAGGCCUUGCUGCCCUCCUCCUUAUGUCACUGUGAUGGAUGAGUGCUUCUACCUGAGUCCUUAUCCCCUUCCAUGGCAGCUUGCCCGUUACCACUGCCUCAACAUGGACGGGGACCUGGCAGUACCCAAGAGUAUCUACCUCCUCAAAACUUUCAUUCUUGAUAAAGCAGGUUCUUUGAAUGUGUUCGUGGGCGGAAAUAAUACAGGAAAUGGGAAAUGGAUGUGGUUGGACGGAAGACCAGUAGACGAAAACCACUGGUCCCCUGGACUACUAGAAGACUUUCCUAAAAACGUACAUUGCCUGGAAAUGAGGACAGAGAUGCACCCACCCCUGAGUGUUGGCUCCUGUACCUCAUCUCGGAGGUUCGUCUGUCAAUAUCAUUCAGCCAAUUCUACAGUGUAAUGGGCAUAUUCUCUAAAAGAAUUUAUUGAAUUGUAACAGAUUUAUAGUACUUAAAAUAUAUUUUCAUUUAAUAGGACUUCUUAUACAAUAUGAAAAGAUAAAAAAAAAACUAAAAAAAAAAAUAAAAGAAAUUAAGUAGACUACAGUAGACCUAAUAGGUGAGGGUCAACUUUAUCAUGUGUCUCUCUGCAGUAUAUAAUAUCAUUUUAACGAAUAAGGGAAGCAGAGGAGAAAUAAAAUAAAAGAGACUGAAACAUAAGAAUAAAUUAAAAAAAAAUGAUCAAGUGCAAGAAACAAUAUAACUGUUUGAAUGUGCAUAACACAAGUAUUUUGCAAUAACUGAGGUGUUAGUUAAUAAAAGAUGUGCUACUAUGACUUCUUAAUGCCGUAAACAAAAGCAUACGUAUUUCCUUAACGACAACAAAAGUUAAGAUCGAUUUGAUAUAUCAGAGAGGAAAUUUAAAUUGCUAAGUUAAUGAACGUAAAAAGUUGAAGAAAAAUAAAAUGAAUUAUACUAUCAUAUUUUUUUUUAAGGAAAUUAAAAAUUUGCCUUAGAUGUGUGUUUCAUUCCCCAGACGUUAACAACUUUGAUGUAAAUUUAUCGAGGACAAAAUUUCAAAUGCUUCAAGAUAAAAAUGCAUUUAUCUUUGCUGUCAAUUUCACUUACGUGACUUAAAAUCUGGAAUUUACGAUUUAUUAGUGGCCAAUAAAUGGUUGAAAGUAGUUAAUAACUAAUCCACCGAGAAAAAAUGAAUUGCUUGACAUGGUUCUGGCUAAUAAACAAAGAUAAUAAUCUAGAUAUGAAUUUAAAUUUUUGUUACAGAACAUUUACUUUAAAUUUCCUGUGGUUAUUAGAGUGGAGUAAUGGGUCAUCUGAAGAACCAAAGUAAUUCUCUGAAAAUCUGUAGUAUCAUAUAGUGCUAUAAACCCAGCUGAGCAUUAGUUAAAAUAUGUUAUUUAAAGAAAUAAAAUAGAUAUUAAAGGAACCCUGUACAACAUAGAUACAGGUACAUUAUAAUAUGAUCCAUUAUUGAUAACGUUGCACUCGCACAAUUGGCUUUAUCAAAUUACAAACAGAUCAACCUAGUGAAAGGAAUGGUGAACUUAUAUAUAUAGAGAAUAUUGAUAUUAAAUGUCAAGUGAGGAAUGUUGAACCUAUUACCUUAAGAUGACUAAAAACAGGUGGGACAAAUAUGUCUUGAGAAGUGUUGAAUUUUAGAAAAACCUCUAGAAAGGGCUAGUAGAUCUGCUCCUCUGAACUAUGAUGUUUUGCUAUGUUGGAUAGACACGAAUUUUCCUGGCAAGAGAUUUGGCUGUUCAAUAGAAACAGUUGUUCUGGUAAAAGUUUCUUGCAAUAAAAAGAUCGCAAAGAUCGCCAGCGUUUUAUCCAGGAAACUCUUAAUUAAACCAUAAUCCACCAGCAGAGCAUAUGCACAAAUGUUCAAAGUACACUAUGUGUUGAUAGCAUUAUCAACCUUCUUCCUGAAAGAUGCUGGUUAUCUCUCGCAACCUUAAUAUUUUUUUCAAUAGAAGUUAUCCCAUUUAUACACAAAUAACCCGCACAUAGAUGAGAGGAGCUUACGACGACGUUUCAGUCCGACUUGGACCAUUUACGAAGCAGGUUAUCUGUGCAUUGUUCCAGUCACGGAAUUAUGCCUUUUUUGUUAUGUAUCUCAAUUAUCAAUUAAUGUAACUGUAAUAUAUAUUUUGUAAAGUCUCCAGAACCACAAUAGAA